AUAAGAAAAUUAGUAGUGGGAUAUUGUUUAACUUCUAUACAAAAGUGUUUAACUUGCACACUCUUUGCUCCUACUCUAAUUGUUUAAGUUAAAACUUAAAACUCUUUUCUCUGUAGAUUUGGUGUUGUUGGUGGGCUGCCUUCAAUUUCGCCAUUGAACUAUUUUUCCUGCUCAAAAUCCAGUCUUUUUAACUGGGUAUCCCAUAAUUUUGUGAAGUUUAUAUUUUGUAAGGUUCAAGUUUUUGUCUUUAUUUGGUUUGGAUGGUGGGUUUGGUGUGGCUGUGAAGUUGUAUAAUUUGGUUUGAAGUUUGGUGAAGAUGGAAGACAAAGGUGAAGACAAAGGUGAAGUUCUUGAGGCCGUGUUGAAGGAAGCUGUGGAUUUGGAAAAUAUACCCAUUGAUGAAGUGUUUGAGAAUUUGAGAUGUAGCAAAGAAGGCUUAACUACUGCUGCUGCUGAAGAAAGGCUCGCCAUAUUUGGCCAUAACAAGCUAGAAGAGAAAAGGGAGAGCAAAUUGUUGAAGUUUUUGGGGUUUAUGUGGAAUCCUUUAUCAUGGGUUAUGGAGGCUGCUGCUAUUAUGGCUAUUGCUCUUGCAAAUGGAGGAGGGAAGCCUCCAGAUUGGCAGGAUUUCGUCGGAAUUAUUACUUUGCUGCUGAUUAACUCGACUAUCAGUUUUAUUGAGGAGAAUAAUGCUGGUAAUGCUGCUGCUGCUCUCAUGGCUAGUCUUGCUCCGAAAGCGAAGGUUCUUCGCGAUGGAAGGUGGAGUGAGCAGGAUGCUGCUGUUUUAGUUCCUGGUGACAUUGUUAGUAUCAAGCUUGGAGAUAUUGUUCCAGCUGAUGCUCGUUUAUUAGAUGGUGACCCGCUCAAAAUUGACCAGUCUGCGCUAACCGGUGAGUCUCUUCCUGUGACAAAAGGACCUGGAGACGGUGUGUAUUCUGGUUCUACUUGUAAACAAGGAGAAAUUGAAGCAGUGGUCAUUGGUACUGGUGUACAUACCUUCUUUGGAAAAGCUGCUCAUCUUGUGGAUACCACCAACCAAGUUGGCCAUUUCCAAAAGGUCUUGACUGCGAUAGGGAAUUUCUGCAUAUGUUCAAUUGCUGUGGGUAUGAUCAUAGAGAUUAUUGUCAUGUACCCCAUUCAAGAUCGGGAGUAUCGUCCUGGGAUUGACAAUCUUCUUGUACUUCUCAUUGGAGGAAUUCCAAUUGCUAUGCCAACUGUCCUAUCAGUAACCAUGGCUAUUGGUUCUCAUAGGUUAUCUCAGCAGGGUGCCAUCACAAAGAGAAUGACUGCAAUUGAAGAGAUGGCUGGCAUGGAUGUGCUUUGCAGUGAUAAGACUGGAACUUUGACAUUGAACAAGCUUACCGUUGACAAGAGUCUUGUAGAGGUUUUUGCCAAAGGAGUAGAUGCAGAUACUGUUGUUCUGAUGGCAGCUCGGGCCUCUAGGACAGAGAAUCAAGAUGCAAUUGAUGCUGCUAUUGUUGGAAUGCUGGCUGACCCGAAAGAGGCUCGUGCUGGAAUUCAAGAAAUUCAUUUCCUUCCCUUCAAUCCUACUGAUAAGCGAACAGCCUUAACUUACCUUGACGCCGAUGGUAAAAUGCACAGAGUUAGCAAAGGUGCACCUGAGCAGAUUCUAAAUCUUUCACACAAUAAGUCGGACAUUGAGCGAAGAGUUCAUGCUGUGAUUGACAAGUUUGCAGAGAGAGGUUUACGGUCUCUUGCUGUUGCAUAUCAAGAAGUUCCUGAAAAGAGGAAAGAGAGUCUAGGGGGUCCUUGGCAGUUUAUUGGCCUUAUGCCCCUUUUUGAUCCACCCAGGCAUGAUAGCGCUGAAACAAUUAGGAGGGCUUUGAAUCUUGGUGUCAAUGUUAAAAUGAUCACAGGGGAUCAACUGGCGAUUGGGAAGGAAACUGGACGUCGUUUGGGGAUGGGAACCAAUAUGUACCCAUCAUCCGCAUUGCUUGGACAAGACAAGGAUGAGUCUAUUGUGGCUUUACCAAUUGAUGAACUGAUUGAAAAAGCUGAUGGUUUUGCUGGUGUAUUUCCCGAGCACAAAUAUGAGAUAGUGAAACGCUUGCAAGCUAGGAAACACAUAUGUGGGAUGACAGGUGAUGGAGUCAAUGAUGCUCCUGCUUUAAAGAAGGCUGACAUUGGGAUUGCUGUGGCCGACGCAACUGAUGCUGCUCGUAGUGCUUCUGACAUUGUGCUUACUGAACCUGGCCUCAGUGUCAUCAUUAGUGCGGUGUUGACAAGUCGAGCAAUUUUCCAGAGGAUGAAAAAUUACACUAUAUAUGCAGUUUCCAUUACCAUCCGUAUAGUGCUUGGUUUCAUGCUACUGGCUCUCAUAUGGAAGUUUGACUUUCCACCUUUUAUGGUGCUUAUUAUUGCAAUUCUGAAUGACGGUACCAUUAUGACCAUAUCUAAGGAUAGAGUGAAACCAUCUCCUCUGCCAGACAGCUGGAAGUUGUCUGAGAUUUUCACAACUGGCAUUGUCCUUGGUAGUUACCUGGCAAUGAUGACUGUCAUAUUUUUUUGGGCUGCAUACAAAACAGAUUUCUUCCCAAGGGUAUUUGGAGUAUCAAGCCUAGAGAAAACAGCCCAUGACGACUUUAGAAAGCUUGCAUCAGCUAUAUAUUUGCAAGUGAGCAUUGUUAGUCAGGCUUUGAUUUUCGUGACUCGAUCUCGAAGUUGGUCUUUCGUUGAACGCCCUGGAAUAUUGCUUAUGGUGGCUUUUGUGAUUGCUCAACUGGUUGCUACGCUUAUUGCAGUCUAUGCGAAUUGGAGCUUCGCAGCAAUUGAAGGAAUUGGCUGGGGUUGGGCUGGUGUUAUUUGGCUUUACAACAUCAUUUUCUACAUCCCCCUCGACUUCAUCAAGUUCUUUAUACGUUAUGCAUUGAGCGGAAGGGCUUGGGAUCUUGUUAUUGAGCAGAGGAUUGCUUUCACUAGGCAAAAGGACUUUGGAAAGGAACAACGUGAGCUUCAGUGGGCACACGCACAAAGAACAUUGCAUGGGUUGCAGCCACCGGACACCAAGAUGUUCACAGAGAGACCUCAUUUCACAGACCUUAACAAUAUGGCUGAAGAAGCUAAAAGAAGAGCUGAAAUUGCAAGACUGAGAGAACUCCAUACGCUCAAGGGUCAUGUAGAAUCAGUGGUGAGAUUGAAGGGUCUCGAUAUAGACACGAUUCAACAAGCAUACACAGUCUGAAGAUUAGCCGAGUUUACAAGGACAAUAAAUGAUCCUGAAGAAACCUGUAAGCAGUAUUUUCUUGAGUUAUCUUGGAACAACGAUGUUGGCAUCGUUUUUCGAGUUCCGAGGUUUGAAGAGUACUGUUGGUCUAUUUAUUUUGUAGCUCAUCUUUCUUACCUUGCGAAUGUCCUUUCGAGAGGGGGGAAAGCUUAUAUUUUUUAUUUACUUUUCUAUUAUUCUGUCUAUAUUAGCAAGAUUAUGAGUCAUUUUCUUUACUUUUCUUUGUUGUAUUACAUAUGAAAGCUACUAGAAUUCAAUCAUAUAGUUGGAAACUUUUGAACUUAUGAUAAUUUAGUGAUCAAUUUGCAUUUUUCA